GAAUACUAAUUCGUGAUUGCUAUCGCGAUCAUGAGUGAAACUGUUCACUAACAAAUCCACCAUAGAAAAUAAUUAUAACAUUAGUUGAAACAAGAAAAUUAGGUGUACAAACUAUUUCGUGUGAAUUUUACUGUCGGACUUUGAUUGGAGAAUUAAGUGUGUGAAUAGAAUCUUUCAUUCUCUGUAAAGUUCCCUGUUUGGGUGACAAAGUUUGCUUCUGUGAUAUUUUUUGAGUGCUGAUACGUCAUUAUCAAAUUAGCUCCCUCCCUUCACUAUUUUGCAACAUCUUUUACAAACGAGAGAAAAACAAUUUGCGAGCUAAUAGCUUCAAUUUCAAUGAAUUGAGUUCGAGUAAUAUAGUGCCUUUUUUAUAUUGUGUUAUCUUUUUUCUUCGUAUAUAAAUAAUUUUGUCAAAUUUGUGUUUACAAAGUCGGUCAUUGAUCCGAUCGAUUAGAAGUACGCAUACAAAUACGGCAAACAGUGUAACGAAUUGAAUGUUCUUUUUGAUUUGGUAUUUGCUUUUUGCUGUUUCGUUUCCAAGAGAAACUGCUGUCGAUGUUAAAACUUAUACGCACUGUAUUCAAAUCGCACUAAAUCGGGGUCGAUAGGUCACUAAGCAGCUUCGCGUAUAUUCGUUUAAUUAUUGUUGUUCUUUUUUCCAUUUUUUAUGGCAAACGACAAUAUCGCGCAGUUAUUAAGCCAUUGUUAAAUGAAGUGUGAAUGGUGAAUAAAGAAGUGCUUUGGCCACAAUUUUGAAGCAACACCAUAUUUGAAUAUAUUUUUCCGCGACAUCAUAGCAGUAAAUGAAUUUCAUUCGUAAGCACGUAUUUUGCAAGCAUUUUACGAAACAAGUCGUACUGAGUGGCAAUCAAACGAUGUCUACAGAUAACAAAGCAAUCUCAUUUGAUUCAAUCAACGAUAAAUCGUUAUUCCCCGAUUUGCCAAACGGGCCACUUGAUCGAUAUCGGAAAAAUGCAAAGUUCGAUUGGCGAAAGUUGGCCUUGACAUUGGACGACGAGAGAUGUCUUCGGUUUCGAAAUAAUGUGUGGAAAUAUCUGGAGGAUAAUCAUUUAUUUGCACGAAGCCAUGAAGAACAAACACUAGAUGAAUAUCGUGAAAUAACCGUCCGUCGAAUAAACCAAAUCGUUGAAAAAGAAUUUGUCUCUUUGGCCGAUUUUAUUCUUGAACCAGAAAUAACAUUCACUUUCGUCAGCUCAUUGAUUGCAUACGAUCCGAGUCCAACGAUAAAAGCUAGUUUAAGUUCCAAAAUGUUCCCGGGCGUCCUCAGGACAAUGGGCACGGAACGUCUUGUAAAAUAUGCCGAAGCCGCUGAAGAUGGCUUCAUUACCGGCUGCUUCGCUUUAACUGAGGUUUCACACGGAUCAAAUGCACUGGGAAUGCGAACAACAGCCACUUAUGACGUUAAAAAUCGACAGUUCAUCAUAAAUACUCCGGAUUUUGAGGCAGCAAAAUGUUGGAUUGGUAACUUAGGUAAAACUGCCACACAUGCAAUUGUUUAUGCUCAAUUGUAUACUCCGGAUGGUCAACACCAUGGUUUGAAUGGAUUUAUGGUGCCGAUUCGUGAUCCAAAGACAUUAGAACCAUUCGCAGGCAUCAUCGUUGGCGAUUUAGGAGAGAAAAUUGGUUUGAAUGGUGUCGAUAAUGGAUUUGUUUUGUUCAACAAUUACCGAAUUCCAAAGGAAUUUUUAUUGUCGCGCACGGGUGAUAUAUCGGACGAUGGCCAGUAUAUAUCACCGAUUAAAAAUAAUAAAAAGAGAAUCGGUGCGUCGUUCGGUGCAUUAAGCGGUGGACGUGUUAAUAUUUGUGGAAUUUCCAAUACAUAUUUGAUCAAAGCGAUUUCGAUCGCUGUGCGAUAUUCGGCCAGUCGAACACAAUUCAAAGAUGACGAUACAGAUGCCGAUGAAUUGCCAAUAUUAGAGUAUCAAAGCCAACAAUAUCGUUUAUUGCCGCAUCUCUCCACCGCAAUCGUACAAAAGGUGUUUACCAUGUGGUUUGCAUGUACGUUUAACGAAUUUUCGAAAAGUUUCUUUACGGGCGAAAUCGUACCAUAUGUGGGAAACGAAAUACAUGCAUUGUCCACAGCAAGUAAACCGGUUUGCACGUGGGCAGUACGCGAUGCAAUUCAAGAUUGUCGUGAAGCCACUGGUGGACAUGGUUACUUGAAAGUUGCCGGUUUGGGUGACUUGAGAAAUGAUAAUGAUCCAAACUGUACAUAUGAAGGUGAAAAUAAUGUAUUAUUACAACAAGCCAGCAAUUGGCUUUUAUCGUGUCGAAAACAAAAAAAUGGAUAUGCAUCCUUUGCUGAAACAUCGCCAUUGAAGUCGGCACAGUUUUUAAGUUCGUUUGAUAAGAUCAUCAAGCAAAAAUGCAACUGGACCACGUCACAAGCGGCUCUUAAUCCAGAAAACAUUUUGACUGCUUUGAACUGGCUGGUGGCAUGGCUUUUGGAAAAUACGUACCAAUACUCAUUGGAAUUACAGAAGAGUGGCUUGAGUACAUUUAAUGUACGAAAUAACAUCCAAGUAUUCAACGCACAAACACUUUCAAUUGUUUAUGGUCAGAGAGCAAUCCUCAGCGUAUUUUGGGAAUUUGUAUCGAAAUUGGACAAUAGCCCAGAGCGUGCCGUCCUUGAACGAAUUGCAUCAAUGUACGGUGCCAAUUUAUUAUUACGACACAUUGGACUCUUUUAUGAGGGUGGAUACAUAACAUCUUCGCACCCUGUUCAACUACUAAAAACCGGAGUGAUUGAGCUCUUGCCACAAUUAAAAGAUGAUGCGAUACCGUUAGUGGACGUGAUUGCACCGAAUGAUUUUAUAUUGAAUUCUCCAUUGGGCAUGAGUGAUGGUGAAGUGUACAAGCAUUUACAAUCAAUUUUAUGGCAAACUUCAUCGACAUUCGAGCGUCCAAAAUGGUGGAAGUUAGUUACGCACUGGAAAAAUACCGAAAAUAGAUCCAAAUUAUAGACAAACAAAUAAGAAAAGCAAUUUCAUUGGUUGCAUUGGUGUUUAGAUAAAUGUAAUAUUAAUAUCUGGUGAUUUAGUACAUAAAAAGCUUGAAUUUUUAUUCUUAAUUAUAAAUUUUUAUUAUUUGGGUAAAUUGGUACAAAAAAUAAAGACAUUUUUUUAUUAUUCUUAAAAUUCCAAAAUUUAUGAUACCUUCAAUUAUAUUAUCACGUUGAAUUUCGGUUCUAAAUUGGAGAAGCUUCGACAUUACGGUCUUUCUUAUGUAUUAUAAAAUAUAUUCUUCAUGGAAACAUGCACAUCGAUUUCAUGAAGUUACUUUGGAAUGUGUUGGAAGUGUGUGGGAUUGGAAAUGUACAAAAAUCGGCGCAAAUAUAUUGAUGAAUUUGGAAAAUAGUCAA